GGACGUGCACACCGGCUGAAAAAUAAAUAGAACUUGUAUGGGUUUUUUCUAAACCCAAUAAAUAUUUCCGAGGUUUAUUGAAUAAAAACCUCAGAAUGGAUAUAAUACUGCCUGAUCAAUGUAAUGAACAGAAAUUUCUUGACUGUGCUGCGAAAAUACAGUAUGACGAGUUCCAUGCAAAAAUGUUUUUGUUCUUUGCGGGUUACAGCGAUGUGGACGUCUAUCAGCUGAUACCUGAUGAUCGCACUCUGCAGUUAAUAUACGGAUGGGAAGCGUGCCAUAUACACAGUCGUGAACGCAUCACUGAGGAACUGGUCUACAUUGUCCGAAUACUGGCGCAUCAUACGUUGCAGCUGUGGUUCAGCCAGGAGUGGAUUGGGUGCUCGGAGAGCCUCAAGCGCAUGCUGAUAUACUACAUAAGCAAGGGCUACACAAAGUUUAAUAAGAUUAAGGGACUAUGCAACAUCGACUGGCCUUAUAUACUCAACUACCAAAUGAACCCAUGGCGUUUGCCCUACCUGCAGCAGCUCUUCGCCAAUUUAAUGCAGAAUAAACAUAAUGUGAUUGAACACGCCGUGCCGCCAGCCACGCCAGAAGAUAUAACAUUUCUGAUGCAGGAGCGUUUGCAUUUGAUUAUUUUGCGUCUAUUGAAACUCUUCGAUGCUGGCAGUUGGGAAGCUGUGAAGCAGCUUUCGCUGCGUGUGCUCGCCGCCUGGCUGAAAUGUUAUCCAAAAAUAUAUGGUACAAGUUUGCCCUUUGAGCAGACGUCCAUAGUGCUGGUGGCGCAUCUCUAUCUGCUAACGGUUUUUGUUGCAGACGACAAUCGUGGAUAUAACAUUGAUAAUAUGAUGUACAACAUACGCUUCUAUGCGCAGAGCAUGCAGGAGGCAUCGAAUACGGAGGCCAUGGGCUACACACCCGCUAGACUGAUUGCACAGAUUUGUGUGCGCUUGGGCCUAGGCAAGGAUGGUUUCUUCGAAUACAUUGUGUUCAAGAGGUUCCAUUUGAACCCCGUCACCUCAUUCGCUGUCAUGCUGGAGGCCUACACAAGCUACGUGCUAGGCAAUCAGCUGCUAGAGCUGAUGGCUCUCAAUGAGCACGACUUUAUGGCGCACCUGGCAAAGUUCAAGGUGCUGAUGCAUUGCUAUGUGGAGGAGCGUGAGAACAGCGAACGUUUCUUACUCAAUGAACUGCAAAAGCUAGAGUGCCAGCGCAACAGCCACGCGCUACCGCACACGGUGAAUCUGAAUCUCAACUAUCAGCAGCAGAUUUGCAAGGGCAAUCGUGCGAGCAAUAUUGGCAACUACAAGAACUACGACGACGACGAGAAACCACUGCAGGAUGUGGACGAGGAGCUAGACAGACAAAUAGAUCCGGUCUUUCAGAACGUGCCAAAUAAUGAGAAGGUGUUGGACUUUGUGUACAAAUUGCUGGCACAGCGUAAAUUCAGAGGCUGGCAGUUUGCCAAGAUAGCGAUCCUCUUAAAGAUAAUUGGCCAGAAGCUGAAUACAAUUGAAGUUUGGCGCUAUCAUCCGGGCUUGACCACGCAAUUCAUGCUUAACCUGGAGCACAAUCUCUCUGAUAACUAUGCCGACUUGGCCAAGGUGUUUUCGGAGCACGCCUUCAUGGAGGCUGAGUUCUGGCUAACUGCUUUCUAUUUACAUCCAACACGCAGCAGCUACUAUGAAGUCAAACGUUGCUCGCGCAUUAAAAAGAAGCGAAAGGAUGACGAGGAAGUUGUCUCUAGCAGAGCUGCGGCACGUCCUGACAAACUGGAGCAGCAUAUCAAAUAUGAGCUGUUGAGUUCUACGAUUGAUGUUGAUGAAAUUGUUGCCAUUACGAAUCAUAAUUCGCCCGUAGCCGACUAUGAUCCAAUUUCCAAGGCGCUGCAAACACUGCGGCUGCCGCGCAGCAUACUCAAAGACUUGCUCACGGUGGCCUUUCAGCCACGCAACAAACGCUACUCCUGGGCUUUGGAAUGGAAUACUUUGCACGAGCGCUGCAGCGCCCUGUUGAAGAGCACGGACCUAAAGCAAAAGUUUGUGGCUUUAAAUAUGGCGGAGGCCAAUGAUGAUCUGAAAUAUUUGAAGAUCGAUUAUGAAAAGUAUAAAAAUCGGCCGCAAUUGGACUAUGGCACCAUCGAAGAGGGCUACGAGAACGCUGUGAACGCAGCUGAGGGGGAUGCUGAACUGAGCGCCGAUGAGGACGAAGAGGCGCAAAAGCCACCGCGUGAGAAGAAUGACCGGGACAGGAAGCGCCACCGAAUACCGGUUAAGUUCUGGAAGGAAGUGUCCGAGGAUGAAGAUGAGGAGGAACAGGAAUCUGACGAAUCCGAGGCCUACUACACAGGCUCUGGAAGGCGCACUCGUUUUCGAGCAGCUGCGCUCGUGGCCAAUACGAUGAUCAGCGACAUGGAUAGAGCCAUGCGCAGUGGACGUCGUUCUCCGGCUGCCGAGCCACCAGCAGAGCCGAAGACACAGGAGACCGAGCAAUCUCCGGUCGAAGCAGAGACAUCGAAGCCACCGCCGCCAGAGAAAUCAAACGUGCCGAAGCGUUCAAUUGGUGAGCUGCUGCAAUCGCAGGCGAAGUACACGAACGAAACUAGCGGCUUUAAAGCGUUUUCCGACAUUUGGAGCUUCGAGAAGGUCGAAGAGCUCAACGUGGAAGUGGAUGAUAAUGUGCUCAUGGAGAGUAAUUCUCUGCUGAGUAAAUUUAAAAGUUUGCAGGGCUUAAGACGAAACGCACCGGCGACGACGACUCAGCUAGACACGAGCACGGAGACGGCGUACUCACGCACCAGCAGCCGUUACAACAGUGAGACGGACAGCUUGGAGUCUGGAGCAUCGAUGAUGGCCAUGCACGAUGCGAACGAGUUCGAGGAGGGACAAUCUGAAGCUGUAACUGGCGUAAGUAAAGUGUUCACGCCCCCUCCGGAGCCAACUUCAGAUUUUACAAUGGAGACAGAAGUGUUGCAGCUCAGAGGAAAGUCUUUGACCGGAGAUGAGGAGGCCGCCAAAGCAAUGCCGGGUGCCUUGGCGACGGAGGAGCGGACGGUAACGGAAGCUGAGACGGAACCGGCGAAUCAACCAGCCAUAGAGAAACAACCAAGCAAUGAAAAUGUCAAGCGAUUCAAAGCAAAUGAUAGUUCAAGUCAGGAGCCAAGCUCAUCCGUGAGUUUAGCUAGCGAUGUGGAUGCGCGACUGAUUCAGGAGUGCUUGAGCCGUCAGUUGGAGGUGCGUCUGCACAUGCUCUCACUACAGGACAUUGAGCAGCUGCGUGGACUGAGGGUGCGCGUAAAGCGCACGAAUCUCCACCACUAUUACCGGGAAUUGAAAACACAACAGGAACACAGCAGAUCCUCGUCGACAAGCAAGCAGAGCCACACUGACGGCAGCAAUGCCUCCACGCCCACUUCGGAGGUGCAGAGCGAGUGCGGCAGCAGAAGCAAAGUCAAGAAGGAGUUUGUGCAUAUAACAUCCGAUACGGCCGACCCAAAGGCAGAGCCUAGACUUACGGUGCAAUUGAAACGCUUUAAGCACAUCACUUCCGAUUCGUCCACAGAACCGGAUGAACCGGCGCGUCCAGCCUCGUUGCGACGACGACGACGGGGUAACAGAUGGAGCCAGACGAAAAUCAAAGUGAAUCCGGCAAAGUUAGCGAAGGUGAAGCACGUGACGGGCGAUACGGAUGUCAUCGAACUCUCCUCGGAGUCGACGUCAUCAUCGCAGUCGCCUGUGCCCGUGACCGUGAGCCGAUUCCCAGCUAUGGUGGUGCCCUCGGAAUUGGAUCCACUCUAUGAGGAGGAAAUCGUACCUUUCUGAAGAUGGAAGGCAUUUGCUAAGCUGAUGCUGGUUUCUCUCGCUCUCCCUCGCUCUCGCUCUCCCCGCUCACACGCAUGGCCCGGAGCUACGUGACUGGAGCGAAUGCAGUCGGGGUUGCACGCCACGCACACAUACACACACACACACAGGCAAGGCAGGGACAAGGAUUGGGCACACACAGGCAGCUUGUUAAAUUGAAUUUGCGUCGCUUGUUAGAAUGCAAUUUGCCCGAGGCACACAUAUAUGUAUAUUUGUCGAUGCGAGUGUAUUUUCUUUGGCUCGGACGGUGUUAGGAUGUUUGAUGAAAUUAUAUAUGUACAGAAGCCAGCUCAUGGACCGGCACAAAGCGGGCAUGGCUUUUAUUUAGUUAACACUGCCUUGAGGCUAUGCCUGCUUGCGUGUGUGUGUGUGUGUGUGCGUGUGCGUGAGUCUUGGGCGACAAUUGCUGAGAAAUUGAAUGCGCCAGCUUCCAUAAUAAUUCACAUACUUUCAUGCUAACCUAAUAAGCGCUCACACUUCAAUUAACUGUAUAAUUGAUACGCAUUAUGCCUACUCACAAAACCUUCAAUUAGCCACACGCGUCCGAUCGACGGCUGCCACUUGAGCCACCAACAACCAGCGCUGACAACAACAACAUUGCAUACACACACGCACACACACCGACACGUGGCGCAUGGUGUGAAUUUCGAUGGCAACAUUUGAAUUGCUGUAAGCCACAGUCGACAAGCGGCGAUUGCUUGGCUUAUAAUCUUUGCUUUGACAAGAAUAUCCUGUGGCUUAUCUCAUAGGUGUUCGAAACAGAAAUAACUAAACUGCUUAACUCAAUUGGCUGCGUUUCUCCGGAUAUCUUGAGAC